UUGUAGCAUUAAUUCCACCACUAUGGUACUUCAAAAAGGAUAAUUAAUCGAGUACUGCGUAGUGUACCGCAUUGGCGCGUUAUUUAGGUUCAAGUUCACCUUUACCGAUUUCUCGCAGAGACUAUGUAACGAUAUAUACGUCGAAUAGUACCCGAACGGAUAGUACUCGACUAGUACUAGUCGUUGGUGUUUCGCGCGAUGUCGAUUCCGUGAGGCAACUUUCUAAAAUCGACGAUCAAAACGGAGAGAAUUAUGCAUCGGAAGUCGCGGUACCUGCGAAUCGUCGUGGUACUCGUUUUAUUAGGAUGUUUUAUUGUAAUUGAUUGCUACGAGCAGAGGACGAGGGCGAAACGGCCGAGGGCGCCGCCGCCCGAGCCGCCCCGCGACGACUUCGACGAGAGGAGCAACGAGCUGGACCCCAAUUCGCUGCCGCCCGGGUUCCUCAGCCCCUCGGUCAUCGAGUACUUGGAGCUGGGAAAAUCCAUUCCCGGUCGUCCCGGUUCGGAUUAUCCGGUACUGAGCACGGUACCGUACACGAAUUUCUACUGCGACGAGCAGCCCUAUCCGGGCUUCUACGCCGAUCCGGAGACGCGCUGUCAAAGUUGGCACUACUGCGACAUUGACGGGCGACAGACGACGUUUCUGUGCCCCAACGGCACCCAGUUCAGCCAAUUGGUGUUCGUCUGCGAUUGGUGGUUCAACGUGCGCUGCGAUCUGAGCGAAAAGUUGUAUGUUAUCAAUAGCCGUUUGUACGGGCGGCCCAAAUUGGACCCCACGAAGCCCCAUCGGACUAUCACUAAGCAAAUUCUGGAAGAUAUUUUUAAUGAUGAUGAUGAUGAUGAAUGAAUGUCAUAUCAGAGAC